GCGCUAGAGGCGUGGAUUGUUCUGGCAGCGAGACAUGGGGCAACACUCACCCAGGGCUGAUCUCUAAUUAUCACCAUCCUCCGCCGCUCCGCCCGUCCUGACAACAUGGCUGCCCUGCUGGUGAGAGGCUGCCGGCCGAGGUCCUCCUGGGGAGCCGCCACCAGAGGUCUUUUCCCGGAUCGGGGUUGUCUCGGUUGCACUUCGUUACGGUUGAUAAAUGUUAGGACUUCGCACUUUCGCAGCAGCACUGCCGCCUCUCCAGUUUACAUUUCACUAAGAGACGGGAAUAGCGGGUUCUCAUGGACUAAUGGACCUGAAAGAACCUAUUUUGGAGUCCACAAUUCAGCGCCAGCAUGGAGAGGAGCGGCCAGCAGUCUGGGACCCCACUACUCAUCCGUCCGCGGGUUGCACUCUUCAAGGCCCCUAUUUGACGACUCUGUGGUCGAAAAAUCACUGAAGUCUUUGAAGGACAAAAAUAAAAAGCUGGAAGAAGGCGGCCCCGUGUACAGUCCCAACACGGAGGUGGCGACCGUCAAGAGGUCCAUAAGACAGUGGGUUAUAGAUGAGCUAAAGCACUAUUAUCAUGGCUUCCGCCUUCUCUGGAUCGACACCAAAAUUGCAGCCAGAAUGUUGUGGACCAUCCUCAAUGGGAAUCCUUUAUCCAGACGGGAGAGGAGACAGUUCCUGAGGAUAUGCGCUGACCUCUUCCGACUGGUCCCCUUCCUCGUCUUCAUCAUUGUCCCGUUCAUGGAGUUCCUUCUCCCAGUUGUGUUGAAGCUAUUUCCAAAUAUGCUGCCUUCCACCUUCGAGACCACUUCAAAGAAGGAGGAGCGGUUGAAGAAGGAGCUGAGGGUGAAGCUGGAGUUGGCCAAGUUCUUGCAGGACACGAUUGAGGAGAUGGCACUAAGGAAUAAGGCAGCCAAAGGAAACGUCACCGCCGAAUUUUCCAUCUUUUUCCAAAAGAUCCGGAGCACUGGCGAGAGGCCCAGUAAUGAAGAGAUUGUACGCUUCUCCAAGCUGUUUGAAGAUGAGCUGACCCUCGAUAACCUGACCAGGCCUCAGCUGGUGGCUCUGUGUAAGCUCCUGGAGCUGCAGUCCAUCGGGACAAAUAACUUCCUGCGCUUCCAGCUGACCAUGAAGCUGAGGUCUAUUAAGGCGGACGACAAGCUGAUUGCCGAAGAAGGUGUGGACAUUCUGAAUGUAAAGGAACUGCAGGCAGCGUGCCGAGCCAGAGGAAUGAGAGCGCUAGGUGUCACCGAGGAACGGUUACGAGAGCAGCUGAAACAGUGGCUGGAGCUGCACUUGAAUCAGGAAAUUCCCACAUCACUGCUGCUAUUGUCCCGAGCUUUGUAUCUCCCUGACACACUGUCACCAGCUGAUCAGCUCAAAACAACCCUCCAGACGUUACCCGAAAGCGUGGGUAAAGAAGCCCAGGUUAAGGUGGCCGCAGUGGAGGGUGAAAAGGUGGACAACAAGACCAAGCUUGAAGCCACGCUUCAGGAGGAGGAGGCAAUCAGGAAGGAGAAGGAGAUGACGAGGUUGGCUGAGGUUGCCAAGGAAAGCUUACAGACUAAGGUGGAGGCAGCUCCGGAACCAGAACCCGUUUCUGCUGAAGUGAAGAGCAGUUCGGCAGCGAGACCAGAAGUGGCUCCAGCACAGGCAGCCGAUCAAGCAGAGGUUCUGAUAGACACCGCGCCAGUCCUGGAGGGUAUCAAGGGCGAGGAAAUAACCAAGGAGGAAAUUGACAUUCUAAGUGACGCUUGCACGAAGCUGAAGGAGCAGAAGAAGUUGCUGACGAAGGAGAAGGGGGAGUUGUCUGAACUGAAGGAUGACGUGCAAGAAUACAGUGAGGAUCUGGAGGAGAUGAAGAAGGAACUUUCAAAGUCUGGACAGGAGAUGGUGGUGGAGGAGUCAAAGGCGAGCAAGAGGCUGACAAAGAGGGUGAACCAUAUGAUCAGUUCAAUUGAUAAAAUCAUAUCGGAGCUGGACAACGAGGACAAGGUGUUGGAUGCAGGAAGUGGUACAUCUCCACCUGUUGGAUUGUAUUUCGCCUUUAGGGAGAAUCUCGUCAGCAUUAACGAGCUCAUCAACAUCAUGAGGCACAUCCAGAAGAUCCCAGAGCAGAAGCUGCUGAGAAUAGCCGAGGCUCUGGAUGAGAACAGGGACGGAAAGAUCGAUCUGGAUGACGUGGCUAAGGUCGUGGAGCUGAUUGACAAGGAGGACAUUGACAUCUCCACCAGCCAGGUUGCCGAAAUCAUGGAACUUCUGCAGAAGGAGGAAAAGCUGGUCGAGAAGGAGAAAGCGAAAGAAAAAGCUGAGAAAGAGCAAGUGGCCGAAGUGCAGAACUAGACCGCCCCGAUCCAUACCCCGUGUACACAUUAUUCAUACAGCUGCUACCGUGUUUCUAUUGCUUUUGAAGUGAUUUCAUUGCCAGGUGACAUAUUCCCGUGCACUGUUAUAUGGAGUGAAAUAAAGGCUUCAUGUACAUCUCCCGCCAUUCCAGGAACAUCAGGAUUUUUACCACUUUUUUUUUUUUUAACCUUAACAUCCAGUGCAAUUAUUAUUAUUAUUUUUUUUUCACUAUUUUCUUUUUGCACAAUUAGAUUCAUCUUCUCUGUUCUAGACCUUCGGCCUCGUUCUGCCCUCAGAGGUACAGUAAACCAGCCGGUCUCUCUAGGAGGUGCCCGGCACUGCUACAUCCCUACCCCCUGCCUCCCGACACUCCGGUUGUUUUAUGCGACUGUCCCUGGUCCAAAAAAAAUUAAAGGGGUGGAAUUUGCAGAGUUUUGUAGAAAAAUAGACCAUUUUAUGGAGCAUUCCCUAUGUAGGUAGGGAGGUACCUGCGCACAAUUCAUAGAGAAUAUAGGUAUACCUGUCUCUAUAGCCCAUAUAGAGGUUAUGGAGGUAAAAGCCAUUAGUAAUAUAGAAUGAUAUAUAUUUAGUUAUAUAAUAGAAGCCAUAAGGUGUAUGGUAAAAUAUUUGAUUUAGUAUAGUCCCUAUGCAGAUUGCAAAGAUAGGGAAUAUAGCAAAAUAUCUGCAUCAUGAUAGAGCCAUAUAGAUACCUGUGCUUUGACCAUAAGGAAUUCAUAUUAGACCCUAUGCAUAGUCCUGUGUAGUUAGAGGUACCCGUGCAGAACCGAUAAGGAAUAUAGAAGACCAUCUACUUCAUGAUGGAUCCAUAUAGGUACCUGUGCUAUGACCAUAGGGAAUGUAUAUUAGACUUAGAGGUACCUGGGCAAACCAUCUGCAUCCCUAUAGUUCUAUAUAGGUACCUGUGCUAUGACCAUAGGGAAUGUAUAUUAGACCCUAUGCAUAGUUCUGUGUAGUCAGAGGUACCUGUGCAGAACCCAUAGGGGAUAUAGCAAAAGAUCUGCACCCCUAUAAUCCUAUAUUGGUUAUGUAAAACGGUCCUGUGCCCGCAGGGAUUAUAGCACGACCUCUUUGUCAGUAUGGUCCUAACACUUGCAGUUCCUAUAGGGAAGAGUAGGACAGUACAGUCUUCUAUAAGUAGACAGGUAUCUAUAGAGAGCUGAGAAGAAUACAGUGGACCCGGGGUAUCUGUAGAGGUUUUUGUGCAGGACUCAUAGGGGUUAUAGCAAAACCACUAGGGCAGUCCCAUGUAAGUAGAAAGAUCUAUCCAAGCGGACACCAGGCUGUUGACUACGGCCGUAAGGACAGAGCAGCUCGGAAGAUGCAUUUCUUUUUAACUAAUCCCUCCAUUUUGGUUUAGCUUUUGGGAGUGCAGCAGAACCUUUAAGUACAAGCUGCUUUCUCUGUGCGCCCUCCAAAUCCUAAAACCGUGCUCUUCACUAUGGCCGCUGUAGGUGAUGUGGCGUACCUCACAACAGUCCCGUUUUUUUGUUUUUGCACUGGUCUCAGAGUGGGUGGGGUUUGUACAAAUAUGCCCAAAAUGGGCGUUUCCUAUAGGUUUUAUGGGCAUUUGUGGGCAGGGCUUUUAAAGCGUCCCGCCAUUGUGGACGCAGAUGUUGGGAGGUAUACCUAUUCGGUACCUGCAUAGGUAGCAUCUAAGGAAGGGUGUGUGUUGGCUGUGUGACCAGGCGGCCAUAGUGAAGAUGCCCCAAGUAUUGCUGAUUUGACUGUUUUGUUGUAUAUUGGCCUUUAUUUUUUUAUAUUUGAAUCUUAAUUUAAGUUCACAAGGCACAGAAUGUAUUAUUGUGAUGUUUUUUUAUUCAUUGCCUUCAUUCAUAGUCUAGGAAGAUUCCUCCUAUUUAUUUCAGGCCCGGUCCUGCGGUGCUUUUUGUGUUCAACGCCAGGAAUGUGUUUUUUUUUUUUUCAUUUCUAUGCAUUUUAAUACAGCAGCACUCGGAUCUUCACUUAAUCAAUAGUGGAUAUUGUGUCCAAUACUUUUAUACUAAUGAUGAGAAUCUGCUUUAAUCUUCCUGUUCUGACUGUAAGUACAAUAAAUGGCGAUAUGUAUACGGCAGGCGUGGAGUCGGAGAAGUGGAUGACCGCUCUCCGGCUUUUCCUGCCUCUCUUA